UGGAAUAGUAAAGCAGCACUUGUUGCAUUAAAUCCAUUGGCACAUACAGGGGAUACACUGAAAGCUCCUAUAUCAGCAAACUCCAGUUCCAGCGUCUCCCUCUUGGGGCUGUCCUGUGCAAAGAAGAGAUGCAGCUUAGGUGAUGUGAGACAUCCCAGAUGAAGAGAGAGCGGAUAGAAGUGCAUAAAGGAGCACUGUGAGGGCAGCAGGAGGUGGGUGGGGUGGGUGUGUUCGCUGUCCUCAGCACCUCGCACUGAGUGGGCACUUGGAGAGCUUUACGUGCACUCACUGGAGGCAGGGCACUAAUUAUCCCAGCUCAGUGGUGUACUUUGCUUAUGACGUGUUACUUUCCCUUUCUGCUGGAUGAGAAGUGACUCCUGUUGUCCAGGAACCUGUGCCAUCCAGAGACGCAACAACUGGGACAUAGACACAAGUUCACAAGUGAAGAAGAUCCUUUUGGCUUUUGAAGAUGAAGAGCCUACUUUGCCUGGUGCUAAUUCCUUUGUGUUGGGCUGCACAUCAUGGGAACUCCACUGUGUAUCUCGACAGGAUCAUUCACAUCCACGAAAAUGGACCACGACUUGUUGUGGAGGUGGAGCAAACGAAAGUAAUUACACAUCGUGGUGGCAAUGCUACACUGCCUUGCAAAUUUCAGCAUGAGUCCAUUACUGCUGGCUCACCCUCUCAUAAAAUCCGAAUCAAGUGGACCAAACUAACUUCAGAUUACCUCAAGGAGAUAGAUGUCUUUGUUUCCAUGGGGCACCACAAGAGGACCUAUGGCAGCUAUCAGGGCAGGGUUUACUUGCAAGGAGCCAGUGAAAAUGAUGCUUCUCUAGUGAUCACUGACAUAACACUGGAAGACUAUGGGAGAUACAAAUGUGAAGUGAUUGAAGGACUAGAGGAUGAUACUGCUGUUAUAUCACUGGAUUUACAAGGUGUUGUUUAUCCAUUUUUCCCCAGAAUGGGUCGUUAUAAUUUGAAUUUUCAUGAGGCACAGCAAGCUUGCCAAGAUCAAGAUGCUAUCAUCGCCUCUUUUGACCAGUUAUAUGAUGCCUGGAGAUCGGGACUGGAUUGGUGCAAUGCAGGUUGGCUCAGUGAUGGUUCAGUGCAAUAUCCAAUAACGAAUCCCAGAGAACCAUGCGGAGGCAAACACACUGUUCCAGGAGUACGAAACUAUGGCUACAGGGACAAAGACAAGGGCAGAUACGAUGUCUUCUGUUUCACUUCCAACUUUAAAGGACGAUUCUACUACCUAAUCCAUCCAACCAAACUGACUUAUGAUGAAGCUGUACAGGCCUGCAUCAAUGACGGAGCCCAGAUCGCCAAAGUAGGCCAGAUGUACGCUGCUUGGAAACUCCUUGCUUAUGACCGCUGUGAUGGUGGCUGGUUGGCUGAUGGCAGCGUCCGUUAUCCUAUCUCAAGACCAAGGAGACGUUGCAGCCCCAAUGAGGCUGCAGUACGUUUUGUAGGUUUUCCAGACAAAAAGCACAAGUUGUAUGGGGUUUACUGUUAUAAAGCAUAGAACUGCACAACAGUCAGACACGGAUGUCCAAUAUGUAUCCUUCCAACUGCUCUUGAAUUGCAGCUCUCUAUGGACAGUGGGAGAUGUGGUUCAACAGCAGCUAGAGCCUCGCAGGUUAGACAUUGCUGCCCAGACAGCACAACAGUAUUAAUAAUAACCAUUAGGAACAUGUGAACGAUGUAUGUAUGAAUUCAUUCAAGCUAUAACAACUGUGAUAAAUCUUUUUACUCACUGUACAAAGCCUUGUCAUAAAUACUGGCCAUUUGCAUGGUUUUUUAUGAUUAUUAUAUUACUUUUAUAACUCGUCAUUUGGAUUAGAUAAAAGAAACAAAAUAUCACCUAAUUGCUUAGGAUGGGUCCAAUGCUUAUUGUUUAUAAGAGAAAUACUGUAAUAUUCACAGAUAUUAUUACAGAGGUUUCCAUAACUUGAUGGAACAUAUUACCUGGACCCCACACAAUGCUCAGGGUUAUGGUUCAUCAACAGCUUUAUGGACACACCUACCAACAUUCCAGAUUUUUAAAACCCCGUCACACCCAGUCCUCCCAAACUCCCCCCACUGUUUCCUGCAUCUGUCUGGGGCUUGUAGUUCAGGACAAUUCCUCUACAUACAGCUGGGAGGUAAUGGAAUUGGGGUUUCCUGUGGGUUUUCACAACAAAACUGACUCUAGUGUCUCUAUGCAAUAGGGUCAGGGAUGUUGGAUUGUAAGCUCCACUGGGUCAGUCUGAUGUAAAUGAUGAACAAUAUCUGUAGAGAGCUAUUUAUCAGGUUGGUGCUAUAUAAACGAAAGACAAAUAACAAAAUAAAAUACAUCAUGUGUCUUCUAAGCAGGCAGGGGAUUCCUGCAUAGCAGUUUCUCCAUGACUUUGGAAAGAAACCAGAGUUAUCACUUGCCAAGCAUGCUACAAAGCACAGUAUAUAGUAAAUGCCCAUCACUGUAUGAUGAGUAAUUUUAACCUUCAAUUAUAGAACUUUAUUCACCCUCUAUUCCUUUUCUUAUUAAUAUUUUGCACUGAGCUCUAAUUCCCUUCUUAGUAUUAAAUGGUUAUGUUUACCGCUAUCCCUAAUAUUUAUAUCUCAUUUUUUACCAAAUCCAUAUCCAUGUACUGUCUCUCUUAUCUUAAAUGUUGACCUAUCAUGCCCCCUCCACUCCUGUAACCCUUGUUAUAGGGUUACUUAUUACCCUAAUUAUCUGCCAUCAUCAUUCAACACAUGUGCUGCCUGUUAUUAUGUUGUCUUCAGUCCAAAUAAAAUUCCACCUUACAUUUUCUGUUUGUUUGGGCAAUCUUGGUUGGACCAAUCAGCAGCCUGUCAGGAAAAUGGAAACUCAUUUUUUGACUGCCUGCAAAUGCAUAUACUGUAUACACCAGUUCAAAAAGAGUUCUACAAUUCUUGCUAAGGCUCUGUCAAGUUAUGAAAGCAUAUGUAUGUAUAUAUCUGUUCAAUGCAGACAAAAAAUUACUUUUAUUGUGCAUGUGGGUCCCUUUAUUUACCCCAGACAUAUCCAAGUUCAUUUCAGAGAAAAGGGGCAUGUCAUAGCUUGAAAAUUCCUAACCAAGGAUUGUAUGGUUGCUCACAAUAGAUGCAUAAAAAGCAAAUUUUUCUGUAUUCUAAAUAGUUUAUAUACUGAUAUUUUAAAAUGCACUACCAGGCAAGAAGAUUUGAAUUAUGUCCUGCUGAUAGGAAAUAUCUUUUUUUGCGUACAGAAGGUCAACUAGCUUAGAACAUUAGUAUUAAAACUGUAUAUGCUUUAAAACAUGGCUUGUUUUAGUGUCUGUUAUAGAAAACAAUGUUAACCCAUUCCUGAUGGAACAAGAACAGCAAGGAUCUUCUCAAUAUUGAAACUGUCUUUUUAUUGGAUAUCAAACAUUCAUGAAUGUUUGAAUUAUUUACCAAUGAACCUGACUUUCCUUUUAUCUUCAAAUAACCGUUGUCUGAAAGGCGUAGAAUUACAGGUACCUUGGCUUAGGUGUGCUGGGUUAUUUAAGCUGUUAAACGUUAGCAUUUACUCAGGACAGUUAUAUCGGUGAACUGCUGGGCAGAACAAACACACAAAGUUAAAGUAUUAAAAUAUAUUCUGUGUCUAGUCUUGAAAAAAAUGUUUAUAAAGAGCUAUUUAAUAUUUUGUUUUAUUUACGAAACAGGUUGUAUAAUCUGCAAACCAUCAUUAAAGUAAAAUUCACUUAUAUAUAAUA